UAUGGAAGAAAAACAAAUCGAAAAUGGCGUCUUCAAUACUUUGCGUUCACACGAGUUUCUUGAUUGGAAUUUUAACUUGAUUUAGCUUACGUCACAGACAUUCAAGAUGCCAGGUCAUACACCUGGAUCUUCAACCUCUUCGUCAGUAACAGAAGAGCUGUAUUUUCUCAUCGCCCGGUUUCUCGCCCAAGGGCCUUGCCGUGGUGCUGCAGAGGUUUUACAAAGAGAAUUGAAGGAAAACCAGCUUUUACCAAAAAGAAUCGACUGGGAAGGCAGGGAACACGAAAGAAGUUAUGAAAAUUUGGUGGAACUAAACAGGCACAUUAAAUCGGACCACCUAUUGAAGAUAUGUCAGCGACUGGGGCCCCUCCUAGACAAAGAGGUCAAACCCAGUGUCUGUGGGGUCCAGUCUCUACUGGGGGCUGGAAGUCAGUCACUACUCAGGACAAAAGAGGGUAUAGAAAACCCAGUAUGGACCCCACCCACCCAUGCAGUCACUCAUCAUCAGCGCCCUCUAUUCCCUCCAAAAAACCUUGUCUGUCCAGAGUUUGUCUACGUGAUGCGGGGAAGGGAGAUGUGUGGACAAGCCCGCAAUGACCACCUGUGUCCUAACCACUUCUACACCAAGGUCAGCAUGCACGCUCGUAAGCUGGGGCACCUGUCAGCCGUGUACUGUGUGUCAUUCGACAGGACAGGCCACUACAUAUUUACAGGAGCUGAUGAUGCAUUAAUCAAAAUCUGGAGAGCAUGUAAUGGACGACUAAUGGCUACUCUCAGGGGACAUAACUCUGAAAUCACUGACAUCGCUGUAAACUACGAGAACACACUGCUAGCCUCGGGAAGCUGUGAUAAAACAAUUAGAGUGUGGUGUCUGAGGACCAAGGCUCCCAUAGCAGUACUACAGAGUCACACAGGGACCAUCACCUCACUUCAGUUUUGUCCCCAGGCCAAGGGUGAGUCGCGGGUCCUGAUGUCAACAGGAGGGGACGGCUGUGUCUGUUUCUGGGUCUGGGACGUGACCACCAACACAUUCAAUGCUAAACCUCACAAGUUUAUAGAGCGGUCGAGGGCCGGGGCCCAGAUGUUGUGUUCCUCCUUCAGUCCGGGGGGCGUGUUCCUGGCCACAGGAAGUGCUGAUCAUGUGAUCAGGGUUUACUUCCUGCACACCACAAAACCAGAGAAAAUCUGUGAGCUGGAGUCCCACACAGACAGAGUAGACAGUAUUUGUUACUGUAACCAUGGAGACAGGUUUGUCAGUGGGAGUAAGGAUGGAACAGCCAGGAUUUGGCGGUACGACAGACAGGAGUGGAAGGCCCUGGUCCUCUACAUGAACACAACUCUAGAAUGCACAAACAAAAUAGAUUUAGAAGACAUUAAGAAAUAUUGUGUUACCAUGGUAUCCUGGAAUAUGGAUGACUCCUUGGUGAUUACUGCAGUCAAUGAUUUCUCUAUCAAACUCUGGAAUUCCAACACAGGCAAACUGGUUCAUGUACUCAGGGACCAUGAAGAUGAGAUUUUUGUGUUGGAGCAUUGUCCUACAGAGCCCAGAAUUAUGUUGAGUGCCGGCCAUGAUGGAAAUAUUGUUAUCUGGGACCUCAUUAAAGGGGAGAAAAUCAAGUCCUUCUUUAACAUGAUAGAGGGCCAGGGACAUGGAGCCGUGUUUGACAUUAAGUUUGCCCCAGACGGCCUGAGUUUCGCUGCCACAGACUCACAUGGGCAUCUGCUGCUGUUUGGAUUCGGUUCCAACGAAAAGCAUAAACAGGUCCCGGAGGAGGUUUUCUUUCACACUGAUUACCGUCCGCUGAUGCGGGAUGCUAAUAACUACGUCCUGGACGAGCAGACCCAGCAGCCUCCCCAUCUCAUGCCGCCGCCCUUCCUUGUGGACAUUGACGGUAAUCCCUACCCCCCAAGGUUCCAGAAGCUGGUACCGGGGAGGGAACACUGUAACAAUGAUCAGCUGAUACCUCAGAUGCAGGUCAAUGAAGAAGGGUCUCAGGAGGUGGUAGGGGACCUUGAUGCUCUGAUAGAGGAGAACCACCCAGAGGAACCACCCCAUGCCGAGCCCCUCCCCCCAGAACCGCUACCUCAGGACCACCGCCCAAGUAUUGACAACAUGAUUGAACAGUUACAGAGAGAACAGGACCAGAGGAUAGCCAGAGAGGGGCUGGAACCCCUAGGAAGUCCCCCACCCGCAUUGGGGUCACCCAGAGUUCACAGGUCAAACUCAGUUGGCAAUGUUGGGGGAAGGAGAAUCGGUGAGAGGGAGGGAGUGCGGCAGUCCCUGGGUAAUAUUACCCAGAGAGCCACACAGUCAGACAUCGCAGCCUGGAGUCGCAGAGUGGUUGUGAAAGAACUCGACACUGCUGCCUUAUUGAGAGAUGAAGAACAGAGAAUGGCCUAUGCAAAUGAGGAGGCAAAACAUUUUAUGGCAGAAAGAAAGAAAAAGCCCUGUCAUUUUGAUGCUGAAUCCAGUGACUCUGGAUCUCACAUUAAAACAAGACGUAAACACAAAAACCGGCGUGACAAUGUGGGAAAUCAGCGUGAGAAUGAGGAGGUGGCGACUAAUCGACUGGUGACGCGGGCUCUGUAUGACACCGAGGAGGAAGAGGAGGAGGAAAAUGCUGAGGCCUCAAACUCUGAUGUCGUGUUCAGCAGUGAUGAUAACGACGAUGGAGAGUCCAGUGAGUAUUCUGACUGGGUGGGAGAUGCUGGGGUCAGUCUCCAGCCCCCAAAACGCAAGUCCAAGCGACAGGUCAAACGACGUAAAAUGUCGUCUUCAGAGGACGAGGAGGAGGUAGAGGUCGUAGACGAUGAUGAUGACGAUGACAACUUCGAGGAAGAGAGCACGCACGACUCGGCAAGGAGUUCCAGUAGUCGUCGACAACAGCCAAAGAGGAAAAAACCACCCCCACCCACCCGUAAAAAGCCAUCGAAGAAUAAACCAAGAAAAGAAAAGAUCGUCAAAAAGAUGGAGGAUAUUUCUGAACUUCCAGAAGAGUUUCGUCCUCCGGAAUGGUUGACAGACGUCAUUCCCAGGAAGUCUCCGUACGUGCCGCAGAUGGGAGAUGACGUCAUGUACUUCAAACAGGGUCAUGAACUUUACCUCCUCGCCGUGAAGAAACGCAAUGUCUACAAAUUUGAUAUACGCAAGAACCAGCCCUGGCACUUGAAUCAAAACCUCAGGGAACAAGAACACAUGAAGAUUGUAGGAAUCAAGUAUGAAGUCCGUCCCCCUCGACUCUGCUGUCUUAAGAUGGCUUACGUUGACCCGGAAACCGGGAAACCCACAAAGAACUCAUUUACAUUUAAGUACCAUGAUAUGCCUGAUGUCAUCGAUUUCAUCGUUCUAAAACAGUCCUAUGACACAGCUAUGAGGAGAAAAUGGAAAGCAGGUGACAGAUUCCGUUCCAUGAUUGAUGAUGCCUGGUGGUUUGGGACCAUUGUCAGUCAGAGUCCGUAUGAAGCCAUUUAUCCUGAUAGUAUGUUCCAGUGCUUCAUUGUCAAUUGGGACAAUGGAGAGACAGAGAGACUGAGUCCGUGGGACAUGGAGCCUGUCGAUCAAAAUCAUCUGCCAGCCCGUAACGAGUCCAGUGUACCCGUACAGCCGGAGGAGUUAGGGUCCCUGAUGUACACCCCUGUGGAGGGGGAGUGGCCGUCGUGUGGGCGUGAUGCUGAGUGUGACCGUAUUGCCCACGGGAUGGAGAGCAUCAUGCAGCAUUCUAUAGCAGAGCAGUUUCUGACACCGGUGGAUCUCAAUGUGUUCCCAAUCUACGGCAUCAUCAUAGAAUACCUCAUUGAUCUCACCACCAUCAAAUCUCGACUAGAGAAUAGAUUCUACAGGAGAGUGAGUGCCCUGCAGUUUGACAUUCGAUAUAUUGAACACAAUGCCAAGGCCUUCAAUGAGCCAGGUACUCCCAUUGUGAAAAGUGCCAGAAUUGUUACAGAGGCCCUUCUCAGGUUUACCAGUGAUACUGAUUGUACUGAUCCUAUGCCGAUCUUGAAUCAGCUGUGUCACCGAGAAAAAGUGGGGGGCGUGUCCUCUGGUAGUGAAACUGAAGAUACCUCGGACAACAACAGGCUCAAGCAUUCAGAUGAUGACCAGCCAGGAACCAGCACAAGGAGAAAGUCAGCACCACCAGUCAAUAAAACACCUGACUCCUGGAAAUCCGAGUGCCUUAAUCUUCUGGAGUCCGUAUUCCAGUGUGAGGAUUCUAGUCCAUUCAGAUUCCCAGUCGAUCCAGAUGAAAUCCCGGAAUACUUUGACAUCAUUGAGCACCCGAUGGAUCUGUCCACCGUUAAGGAGAACCUACUGAGAGACAAGUACUCCAACCCUAACAGUCUGUUUAAAGACUUCAGACUUAUAUUCUCCAACUCCAGGACAUUUAAUACCAACAAACGCUCACGGAUAUAUGCUAUGACCUUGAGAUUAUCGGCCCUGAUUGAGGAGAAAAUGAAGGACAUAAUCAGUGGGUGGAAUUCGGCUGUCAAACAGAAGAAGAGCUCCCCUCGUCUCUCCCAGAGUAACUACAGCUCCAAAACAGAAAGCAGCAGCAGGAGUUAUAGGAACCAGCCUCGUAGAAUGGCAGCAACAGCAGCGUCGUCCAAUAUCCGGGCCAGCUCUCUCCAAAGUGAGGCAGGACCCUCGACCUCUGGAGCCAUGGAAACCACCAACUCUGACCUCAAUACGUCUGCCACAACAUUAGAGGUAGAUGAUUUUGAGGACGAUGAUGAUGAUGAUUAUGAACCAGUGAAACCUAGGACCUCCUCUCCCAGAAAAAGACCAGUGAGGAAACCUGUACCCAAGCCUCCUGUAGAGAGUAACCACUUUGACUCAGACACAGAACUAGAGGAGGAUCAAACAGAGAGUGAGGAGGAGGAGGUGGUCUGCAAGGUCAAAAGGUCAACCAGGAACAGAGAGGACAGUGACAAUGAAGAACCAGCAGUUCGCAAUGUUAAAAGGCCAACAAGGAAUAGGGUAAAAAGGCCUCUGACAAAUGGAAAUGCAAGCAACCAUUACACCACUCGGGCCUCUACAGGGUCAAUCAAGGUCAAACACUUUAAGAAGAGUGGAUCUUACUCUGAAUCGGACACCCAGUGUAGUGACAAUGAAUCAGCUGAAUCAUCUAAUGAGUCAUCGUCAGAUUCAUCAUCAUCAUCAGAUUCUAAAACGGAGUCGGACUCAAAAUCUAGUGACUCUGAAGAAAGCCCCAUCACCCGGCCAAAGAGGAUGGCUCCACGGUUACGGACUGAAGUUGACUCCAGUAGGAGCCAACCGAACAAAUCGCGGGAGGGGAAGGGUAAAGCCAGUGCCUCGGGGUCUCGACAAACUCGUAAUCAGGGAAAACGAACAGUUCGUUAUGAGGAGGACAGUGACUUUGAGUACGGUGAUGGUGCAUCAUCAUCCUACAGGACUAAAAAACGGGCUCGUUAUAUUUCCCCGGAGGAAAACAGUGAUACUGAGGAAUCGGAUGGAAAUUCAGAGGUCAUGAAAAGCAGUCGAGGUCGAAUUAGAAAACUUACGCCCCGGGCCAGGGCUAACCUACGACAUUAACGUCAUAAUAGGCAUCAAGUGUUUACAUUGCUCAAUAUGGAAGACAUUAGUUCCAAAUUCAUGAAUUGUUCCGAUAAAUAUUUCUCAUGGUAAUCAAAAUUUCGGCUGUACAAUAUCUACCAGUGCAGGGUGUUUUGAACUGCUGUGGUUUUUGUUAGACUAUCUGUUACCUCAGUCAAGUGCACAACUUACUUUUACCUCAAGCAAGCUUAGUUUAUUAUCAAAUCAUUUCAUACAUUUUUCUUAUUCUACAAUGUUCUAUGAUUAUUACUAACUUCAUUUAGAUUUUUAUAGAAUGCAAUUUAUGAACUGAUAAAGAAUUUUUAAGGAUACUAGAUACAAAACUUAGUAAUAUAGACAAAAAUCUCCCAAGCUGCUAUGCAGAAAAAAUUUUGGAUAAAAAAUAUGACCUAUUAUAAUUACCCAAAUACAACAUACUCAGCAGCUAUAGGGGAAAUGUGUCAUUUAUAUGAAUUAACUUGUAAACUUCUUACAUUUUCUCUAUUCAUCUGGUCUUCCAUUACAAACAUCAUGUUCAUUUUUCAAGCAGGAGAUAUUGCUACAACAGAUGCAAUAAAAAUGUGCCAAAUAUCACCUUCAUUUCACUGUAUCAUGUUUUGUAAUAGAACUUCUAUGCAAGUUCAUAAAAAGUGCUUUCAUCCUUGCUAGCAA